GGGCGCGUGGGGACUCGGGGAGAAAAGAUGAGUUUUGGGGGAGGCGAUUGUGUGUUUAGACGCUGGGAGCCGUGGGGGGAGGCAGACGUCGACCUAAGACGAGUUGCAAUCGAGGUAUCUCCGCUCCGGCUUCCUCUUCUGCCCGGCGACCCCCUCCCCCCGGAGCUGAGCUGGGGAAGGGAAACCAGGAUUUUAACCACAUUAGCAUUCACAUUCCUGGGAGGAUGCAGCCCUCGUCUGGACCUGAGUGAUAGAAGCUAUUUUCUCUGUUUUUAUUUUUGGAGGGGAGCGCCCUGUAAUUGUCCUGAACACAUGCUUCUACCCCCACAUCCCCGGCUCCAGCCACCAACGAAAGAGAGUCCCCCUUUUUUGCAUUUAUCUUUUCCUUCCCCUUUCUUUAUUAAAGGUCCGGGAGUGGUGGUGACCAAUCAGAGCGCGGCUUCCAUUUUGUGAGUUCAACUCGGAGGCUCCCGGGCUUCGCGAGGACGCGUUUGCAGCCCCCUCUGCCUCUCCUCUCGGGCGGCUCAGGCGAACGAACCGUCUCGUUGGGGCUUCGUGGUCGUGUAUUUCAUAUUGGGGCUCUUUUCGGGGUUUGUAAUUUGGCCGUGGGUAGGUAAUUGGCUGGAGCAGGGCGGCAGGGCGCGGCAGCCAAUCAGCGCGUGGCUUCUAUAGGGCUUGAGUUAUUAGACGCUGAUCUCAAAACAUCCUUCAUCAGACACCAAGGAGAGGCCAACAGAUGAGGGGAGCCAUUUUUCUGCAAUGGAAUUAAAUGGCCAAGCUAAAGGACUCACUAUUGGAAGAAUGAAGAAGACCUUUUAAAAAGAUCUGGAUUUUUCCUUAUGACUUGGAAUCCAUCUUUGUCUUGUAUAACUAGGUCAUAGCACACCAUUAAUGUCAGCAGUUAACAGUUUUGAAUUCCAAAAAACCUAAGUAAAUGACAUAUUUAAUUUUUUUCCUCUUUUUUUUCUUGGGUGGGUGGGGGGAGCUUGGAGCUGUCUUAAUCUGUAUUCUCUUUGAACAAUAAAUUUUUAAAUAUAGUUUCCUCUAUUAAACACUUAUACCUGGCCAUCUUAUUAACUCCUUCUCUCUUUUUAACAAGGUAAUGUUUUAAAUGUAUAGUUUUAGGAUUAGCGAAAUGGCAGCAACAACAAAAAAUUGUGAGCAGUUGUUACUCUUUUAAGUUUUUAAAAACCUUUUACAUUGUAAGUACCCAAUCCAUUCUGUCCUUACGCAGUGCAGUUUUCAUGUAAAUGUUGGCUGAGAUGUCCUUUAAUUUUGCGAACCUUCAUCUGCAUGUAUGUCUUUGUCUCUCUUGUCUAAUAUAAGCCAGUUAAAAUGCUUUUAGACGAUUUUGCUUUAUAAAGCUAAGGUUUUUAGCUCAAGCUUUUAAAAAUGUUUACAGCAAUAAAUGCUAGUCAGCUUCCUUCCCAGUAACGUGUACACUUUCUUUGAAAAUCGAUCUAUUUGAAGAAAAACAGCUCUUGUUUUUCUCUUCUUGGGGGUGGGGGAAUAGGGAGAGAAAGGAAGACCUUCUCUUUGUGUGGAAAGACUAAAGCGGUCACAGGAAACUAGAUUAAAACUGGAAAACAAGUCCUAGCUGGUUCGAGCCAAACACCAACGUUAACUCGGUGGUAUUUUCUAUGGUGGUUGGGAUGGAUGUUGCGCUUUUGCCUUUUGUUUGACUGUGUGUUUUCGCCUUUUGUCUCUUAAUGACGAUCACACCAUUGCUAUAUCCAGAGCAGUAAACAGUCCUCUGCGAAGCCGACUUUUUGCCAACCCAACUCUGGAAAAUGCAGACGUGGAAGGAAGCAGAAAAUGCCAUGAGAGUAUAACUUACAAAAAGGUUCUUGACCGGAGAAGGGGCCAUGUCUUGGUACCCCCGCAGAGUGGACAAUCCUUUCUUCUGGACAGCAGGAGCAGGCCUAGUGUGACUGACAGUCCUCCCACUGAGGUAGGUGAGAACCCUUUCCCAGGCUGUGAGGGCGAUUUGGGGGCUUUGGCCUGACGCCCGGGCGGGUUGGGAUCCCCAAACCCGCUGGGCUGGUUCUGCGGCCCCUCCCCCACACAGAUGCGGCGACUGUGUGUGAAAUGGGCGGCCUGCUGGGUCUAUCCAGCCCCGCCUGUCAGCUUCUGUUGUCAGGCAUUUGGGGCGUGCAACUCUGCUGAAUUUAGCAGCUAACUAGAGGCUGCACUUGCAAGUAUUCCCCAGUUGUGUGUUUGUGGUGGGGGUAGGGCCUUGGAUGCCUCUUGCUUUUGAGACGUCCUGGCCGCAGCCCCCUCUUCCGGCCUUCAAUAUGAGCCAGCUCUGAUGUCUGGUUGCUAGUGAGAUGAAGAAGAGACAGGCAUGAGAUCUGGGCCAGCUUUCCCGGAGGUUUCCGUGACUCUUCCUGCCCUUUCCAGGGUAUCCUCCUUGCUCCCCAAUGGGCAGGCAUGUAUAACCUGAUUUCUAGUGUGAAACCUCAAUGGCUGUUUACCAGCUGUGACCUUGCAUGAGUUACAGGGUCUCUGAGUCCCUUUUUUUCCUCCACAAAAGUGGGGCUAGAUUACGGCUUCUCAAACUUUCAAAGGUGCCAGAAUCCCGCAGGAGACUCAUUAAAAACAACUGUCCCCGGUCUUUGGAUUUCUGGUUCAGGUGGAGUGCGAGAACUUGCACUUCUAACAAGUUCUCAGCCAACAUGUUUUGAGAUCCUCUGUGCUAGGCAGCACCUGGGGUGUUGAGGUGCCUGGCAGGUAGCAGUUGUUCAGUGGGUGCAGCUAUAUUCUAAUACCAGCUGACCUUGGUUGUCAGCCCUCCUAACCGUCCUGGAAGCACCAUGGCUGGAGAUGGUGUGCUCCCUGAUCUCUGACCCCUGAUUUAGACUGUGAUGACCUAACCGAUUGGGUCCAGGUGCCUCUGCUCUUGGCUCCUGGCUUCCAAAUUGAAGCAGCCCUGCCCUUCCCCCACCCCUGUGUGACGUCUAUACUGACUUGGGGGAUCCUAUGAACUUAGUUGUAGGCAUUUUGGUACUUAAUCAAGGGAGGCUCUAAGACAGCCGUAGGUUGGAAUCUGCAUGGUGCGGGUGACCUUGGGCAAGCAUCUCCCCUGUGAAAUGAUGGUAAUGAUGCAUGCUGGAAAGGCCAGUGGGAGGAUUAAGUGCGAUUAAGGGGGCCGUCCUCCCCAGCCAGCUUCACAAUAUUCAGCCUCCAUUGUGAUCUGGGUUGUUGCUGGGAGUGGCUGCCGCGUGGGGGUUGGGCUGCCUCCAGAGCUCCUCCCCUGCCAGCCCACCUUUUAAAGCACGCAGGGACGCCUCCAGGCAGAGUGAAAAAUGUUUUCCUUAGGAAGGCUGCCUGCUAGUCUCUGGUAGAGCCGGGCUGCUGGUAGAAGCCUCUGAUAGGAUCAUGAUUUGGAGUCACCCACCAAUGACCCAAAGAAAAGUGACUUACUUGCCUAGGGUCAGGAGGCCACUACUGGCUCAGCCAGGAUGGGGUUCCAGGUGUCUUGACUCUCAGCCCAGUGCUUGGGCCCAUGGCACCCUGUCGCCCCAGCUGUCUGGGUUAUUUUGGGCUCCCUCUGGUGCCAGCUGUCUGCUUGGCAUCACUGCACAAGAGCUGUCUGGUUGGAAGUAGCCAGCACGGUGCUGUUGGCUUCUCCUGGUGAGGGUCAGCUGGGUCUCCAGUCCCAGAUGAGCUGCCCUUGAUCCCUCUCCUUUGCUGGAAGUGGGGCUGUACCCCACUGAUCCCAUUCUAAAUUUUUGUUAAAGAGACCAGGCUGUACCCCAUGGUCCUGCCCCCCAGCCCUAGUGAAGGAAGAGACUGAAAGUGCUUUGACGAAAUUGCUGUAGUUCCCAUUGAUGCCCAUACCUUAGUCACUUAAAUGAUAACCUCACUGAAUUCCCUUGACUCACUGGGGUCUUUACCUCCCCCUGAUUCAGAUGCCUAAAUGAUUGAUUUAUGUCUUCCCCUCCCAGCUGGCCUAACAGCCAGUCCUUCCACUCCUGUCCUUGGACCCUCACGAAGCAAGAAGGUGCUAAACUAUAGUCUGGAUGUGAUUCUUGGAAGGUAGAGAUGGCUCAGAGCAAUGUGGAAGGAUUGUGCCUCUCCCUGCUUCUGACUUUCCAGUACCUCCCUCUUCUUUCUUUGUCCCCACCUCCCUUCUCCUGGGACAUGGAGGGGCGGGGCAGCCUGUCCUCCUGUCAUUCUCCUGGUUCUAAGAGAGGUGCUCCACCCACAGUCACCCAGUGAGCUAGGGGCGGGCCUGCUCCAAGCAAGCAGAGAGAAAGCCACGCCAGCGGAAGGGUUUCCGGGACUGGGAGGAGGCUGGACUAACCUUACUACUGAGAGGCUAGUGUCCCACCUCUUCCGGUGCUGAAUAUGACCUUUUAGACCCUCACCGUAGAGACCGAUGACAUGUAGAUUCCUGGACUGGGGAGAGUGACAUCCCACCAUAUAGGAUCUCUUGACCCCAAUGCUUUCUCCAGCCAACUUGUGACUACCUUUCAGUUCCUGCCUAUGUGAACUGGAAGGAGGAAGUUAGAAGGUAACCUUCUGAGUUCUUUCUAAAUUUUUGUUAGAGAGGGAAUCUCACUUCAUUGCCCAGGCUGGCCUCAAACUCCUGGGCUUAAGUGAGCCUCUGCCUCAGCCUCCCAAGUAGCUGGGACCAUAGGCACAUGCCACCUUGGCUUAUGAGGGGAGCAUUUUGUACUCCAGAGGUGACCUACCCAUCCUCCACCUGCCCUCUAAUGCUUAUAGGCUGCUGAGGCCUAGAGGGAGUCCUUUAGCCAGGUGGAUAGACAGCCUGCUUCUCCCAGGUAUCCUGGCUUAGCCACCUGGCUUCUCUGGGCCCUCCGGAAGUAGCUUAAAGCUCCUGUCUUUGGGCUGGGGGUGCUGGGAUCUUUAUCUUCCAUUGUUAUUUAAUCAUUGGGUGGUUAAAUAAUUUAUGGUGCCUCAACACCCAGGGAAGUGGGUGCCCCAUCCUAACUUGGACUGGCUGGACUUUGCCCUGAAAGAUCAAAGUGGAUCAGCACCCUCCACACCCCUGCUCCGUUUCCCUGUUGGCUUCUCUAUGGCAGAGGCCUCCUUGUGGCUACAAAGGCCACCUGGUAUCUCCUUGGGCCUUCUGUGUCCCCCAGCUCUUGCAGCAAGAAUCAGCUUAAAGAUUUUUUCUUUCCCUCCUAAAACUCUCCAGGAAUUCCUGGUGAGCGGGAGAUUGACUUGGGUCUGGGUCCUCAGAACAUCUCUUGUAGGUGAGGGAGCAGACCUCUUGGGUGGGUGUGCCCAGCUGCAGCUGGCUUAGCCUGGCAGGCCUCCUCUUAGGAAGUUCUGAGCAGCUGGCUAGGCUCCUGGGUAUUUUUAGCUACAUAUCCAGCCCCACCAUUACCAUGAGUCCUGGGUCCAAAUCAAACACGCUCCAGGCUGGAUGGGGCUCUGCCAGCCUUCUGACCAGGCAGGGGUGGGUGGGUAGGCAGUCUCAGGCCAGUGGCAGCUGUUCUCCCUGGGCCCAGGCAGGAGAAUGCUGGUAUUUGCUCCUUUCCUCCCUUGCAUUUUGUGCAGGCUUGCUCUGUUGCAGAGAUCAUAGCCACAUUUCUAGGACGAAGAGUGGAUGAAGGAUGAAGAUACUGAGGUCUGAGGAUGUUGAGAAAUGUCAGCAGCCCUCUAUGGUGUGUAUUGUUAACCAGGUGUUAUGAGCCUGAGUUCUCUCUUCCUGUCCCUAUCUUUCCCUGAGCUUCAGGGUGCUGGGUGCAGCUGGAGGGGAGAAGCCAGGGGCCCCUGCAAAGGUAAGUGGUUCUCACCCCUACUCCCCAAACUCACUUUUCAUAGCACAGUUACUCCAUCCUUGGUUGGCCCCCUCUUUCCCUGCCAACCUUAGGGUGCCACUGAGAGACUGGCACCAGAUCCAGCCCUGCCUUGCCAGCAAGCUGGCUCCUUCCUGGUCACCCUGGGAAAACUCAGGCCUAGAUGUGGUUGGACUCCUCCCUUGUGAAGGAGCCUCCUUCCAACAUCCCCCUUGAGCCUGGCAGUCAGGCCCUGCAGCAUUGAACCCCCAUUACUUGUCCAUGUGGUUUGGGUACUAACCCUUGAAAAUGGUUCACCUGUGGCCCACUCCAAAGCCUCACCAUGUCCUGGUUGUCUCACUCUCUGGCCACUGCAGAAUCUGAGGCUUUCCUAGUUACAGUGCAUUUGCCCAGGCAGAGUAUCUAGCCUGCCAUCCAGCACUGCCCAGCUUAGUUCAAAUGCCAACCACCUCAGCUUUCCCUGGGACUUGACUGUGCUCUCUAAAUUGCUCACAUCUCCCAAACCCCAUCAGAAACUGCUUCCCCAAGACUGAGCUCUUAUGAGGCAGGAACCCAAUUGCCUCUCAAUAAACAUGUUGCAAAAAAAGGAACGGAUGAGUCUCUGUAAAUUUGUCUUGUGGGUCCUUGACACAGAAGAUGGUCCUCUGCCUGGUGACUGGCUAGAAGUCUUCCACCUAACACCCUGGGCGGAUGCUGGCGCCGCCCUCCCUGGCUCUGGCUGUUGUCUUGGUUUCCACCAGUAGUUGCUGCUGCCCCCUGGUGGCCAGAACUUGCCUAGCACCUGCUGGAACUGAGCUAGCACUUAGGAGCUACUAGGUUGGCAAUUUACCUUUUACCUCCACAAAGUGAAAUUUACUUGACCUUCCCUGAGAACUUGAAUAUUAGGAGUCUUGGAGGCAUGGUCAAGGGCAAGAACAUCCUGAUUUAUGCCAGCUCCUCCUCGAAGAAAUCAUGUAAUUUGCCAUACACAUCCCCCAUGAUGAUACCAGGUUCUCUUAGACACCAGCUUUACCUACCCCAGCAGGGAGGAUCACGUCAUUCGACCAUGCUUUGUUACUACUGAGGAUAGUCAUCUCCCUCCAGUCCUUGCUUGAGUAGGGGACAGUCAGCCCACAGUAACACAGGGAAGGGAUGGCCAUGAGUGGUCUCAGCCAGCUAGCCUGAUAGUACCUGCAUUGUAGUAAGCUCUCAAACCAACAGUGGUUUUGGUCAGGGGAUAGGAGGAGUCCUGGGGUGAUGGAUGUAAGGCUACUGGGCAGAACACUUAAUAACGUUUCUUGGUGAGACAUUCAUCCAAGUAGGUCUCCCUUGGCUUGCCCCUUCCCCCACGAUGUCUGGCUGGUUUCACGCCUCUGGCCCCUGCAGGAAGGAAGCUAUUGGCCACAUGUUUGGGUACUAACCCUCGAAAGCCUUUCACCUGCGGCCCACUCCAAAGCCUGGUCCCGACAGAGGGCGCCACGCUUCCUCCCUGCAGAACUAGGGAAGUGGGGGGACGUAGGUAACUGUCAUUCCUCACCGCUAGCCAGCAAGCGCACCAAGGUCCCCUGAGGGUCAGGGCCAGCCUAGGUGAGCAGACACGAUUCCUGUGCCAUAGCUUCCCGGCACCACCGUAGCUACAUUUUAUAGGGUAACAGGCCAGGGGCUGAUUUCAACCAUGCUACAUAGCCAGAGAUGGGGGGUUUCCCCAGAGCUUGAAACUCUCGGGCUCCUAGAACCCGGCUGCUAGGGGUACAAUCCUCCAAUCAAUAAGUUCCUGUCCGAGGGGGCGGCCGAGAUGGCCAAUCAGAGGGUCCUCGCCAGAAAGGCGGAGCCUGCCAAUCAGGGGUGCGGGUAGUGGAGCGGCGGAAACGAUCCAGCCUUGACGCGCUGGGAUGGGAGUGGGAACUGCGCUUACGAGCCAGCACCCCGUUUCUCAGCUGCCUCAGUUUCCCUGGGAAUUUGAAGUGACCUAGGGCCGGGACCCUGGUAGAAAGGAAACAAGCCGGAGGUGGGCUCGGGAGGCUGCCUGGUGGAGGUGGUGCUGGCUCGGGGGCGGGGCCUCCUUAGCCCCGCCCCUGCAUCGACCGCUUAGCCGGCUUCGCCGGGCGCACAGCCUCCAGUGCAGCUGGCUCCGGGCUAUGGACACCCCCGGGGCCCCAGCCCCGUCCGCGGCUCCGCGCCCGGGCAAGAAGGAGCUGAAGAUCGUAAUCGUGGGUGACGGCGGCUGUGGUAAGACGUCGCUGCUCAUGGUGUACAGCCAGGGCUCCUUUCCCGAGCAGUACGCCCCGUCAGUGUUUGAGAAGUACACGGCCAGCGUGACAGUGGGCAACAAGGAGGUGACCCUGAACCUCUACGACACGGCCGGGCAGGAAGACUACGACAGGCUGCGGCCCCUUUCCUACCAGAACACCCACCUUGUGCUCAUCUGCUAUGAUGUCAUGAACCCCACCAGCUAUGACAAUGUUCUCAUCAAGUGGUUCCCUGAGGUCACACAUUUCUGCCGAGGGACCCCCAUGGUGCUCAUCGGCUGCAAGACAGACCUGAGAAAGGAUAAGGAGCAGCUGCGGAAGCUCCGGGCGGCCCAGCUGGAGCCCAUCACCUACACACAGGGCCUGAGUGCUUGCGAGCAGAUCCGAGCUGCGCGCUACCUGGAGUGUUCUGCCAAGUUCCGAGAGAAUGUGGAAGAUGUCUUUCGAGAAGCCGCCAAGGUGGCCCUCAGUGCUCUGAAGAAAGCACAGCGGCGGAAACAACGCCAUGUAUGCCUGCUGCUGUGAUACGGGCACAGGCCUCAAGACAGGACUAACAGGGUCAGGGACCCAAGCCUAGACCACUCCUAGGAUUCUGCCCUGUCCCUAGCCCUGCAGCACCUGGGAUCUCAGGCUGCACUCUUAGAACAUUCUGGAACUCUCUCCUUUCUGUGAACUUACCUUUGGGUUCACAGAGAGUGUAGCAGUGAUUGAGGGAGCCGGAUACAUGUCCUUCUACCCUGGAACCAGCUUUUGUUCCCAAGACUCAGGAGGGCCCUAUCAUGGUCUCCCCCUUGUGUAUCCCCCUUUGCACACCCAAUUCAUGCUUAAAACGUAGGACUUCAUGUGAGUACAUGGGGAUUUGGCACCACUCCACACGGUGCCCCUCAAACUUGCUGCUUCCAUGUCACCCUCCUCCCUGGCCUCCCAAGAUAGGUAUGGCUGCAUCCUCCAGCCUCUUCCUUCUUUCCCCCAGACCUUCGGGGCCACCACAGGGCCAGGGCCUAUCAGGAGAACACAGGCAACAGCCCUGGAAGUGAGGCUGGCACUAGACCCUCCCUCUUCCUCUGUCCCACACAGCGGAACUCGGCCUUUAGAUUGGGCACCAUCAUGUGUGCCCAGGGGGGGAAAAAGUGAUCUCUCAAAAGGUCAGAUGCCCUGGGUCACCCCCCUGACCCCUAUUCCAGGUCUUACCUCUGGACCCUACUCACACCCCACCAGGGACUCGGGGUGGAAAGUGCCUGGGGAGACCUCUGUUCUCUCCUGAGAUUGUCUCCCAUCUUCAGGGGCCCAAGAGGGGGCCAUUUAAAUAGGCUUUCCACAUGCCCCUCACAGCCUGCUUGUAUCAGGAUGUGGAGCUCAGAACUGCCCAUCCUGGUCUCCUUCGAGGACUGACAUCAAAACCCCGUCCACGCAGGCCCAUAGCCUGCCUGUGUCCCUGCCAGCCAGCUGCCUAUACCCUGAACCUUUCAGAAGGUCUGCGAUUGGGCGUCCAGGACUUUUUAAACAAGUGCCCAGUGGCUCUAAUGCCUGAGACAGCUGUGUGGUUGUGAGUGAACCUAAGAGUCAGUGUUGCCUGAGAUGGUACCAUGAUUUUGGCCGGCAUCUGUUCUCCCUAGUGCUGCCUGCCUCAGUCCCUUCCAGGGAAGUCAGGGUGCCAGUGAAAGAAGACUUCUGAAAACCACCCCACCAGGUUCCCCAAGGCCCUGCUGUCCCCUGGGGAGUCAUCCAAGGACCUCUCGUUCUCAAAGAAUCCAAGGCCUUAUGGACAAAUGAUGGUUUAGGGUGGAGGUCGGCAAACUAUGGCUGCAGGCCACAUCUGGCUACCACCUAUUUUCGUAAAUAAAGUUUUAUUGGCAUCACCAAACCCA